AUGUAUUUUUUAUAUGAUAAUAAAACAAGAAUCCAAAUAAAAAAGUGCCCAAGUGCACAAAGCAUAAUUGGUAGUAGUCGCAUUAUAUUAGAUAGUGGUCAAGAUGAUAUUACAGAAGUAACUCAUUAUACAUCUCCAGUACAAUCUUCACCUGAUGACAAACCUUCAAAACCUGUCUACUAUUCUGGGUUAUCAGCAUUAGGAAUUGCUUUCACUUGCAUGGUUUUGUAUAAAUACACGCUCCUUAGAUGCUUCAUGCGUUCUUUAAUAAGUAAAAAGGAAAAAUUAAGGCAAACUACUAAUAAAAAUUUAUCUCAGCAGUGGAUGGAAAAAACAUCAGAAUAA